AUGAGCAGCGGGAUGAGCUCCUCGCUGGUCUCCACCGCGGCGCGGCGGGAGCGCCAGCCGCCCGUGCGCCUCUUCACCGAGCCCGAGCUGGCCAGAUACGGCGGGCAGCAGGAAGGACAGCCCAUUUAYCUGGCAGUGAAGGGAGUAGUAUUUGAUGUUACUUCUGGAAAAGAGUUUUAUGGAAAAGGAGCCCCAUAUAAUGCUUUGGCUGGAAAAGACUCAACACGAGGGGUUGCAAAGAUGUCUCUGGAUCCAGCAGAUCUUACUCAUGACAUAACAGGACUCACAGAAGAGGAACUGAAAUCCUUGGAUGAUACCUUCAAUAAUGUUUACAAGGCCAAAUACCCAAUUGUGGGCUAUACAUCUCGCAGAAUCCUGAAUGAGGACGGCAGUCCCAAUCUAGACUUCAAACCUGAAGAUCAGCCCCAUUUCAGCAUUACAGAUGAGUUUUGAYGAGCGAUUUAGUAUCGAGAGAAUAUCCACAGGGCCACAACAGAGUGAUUACUGCAUUGUUUCCUGGAAGGAAGAACAUAUUAGGUGAACUAUUCAUUUACAYAUUUAUAUAUUUACUAAAGAGAAAGCGGAUUGCUGAUAGCUAAUUAUUGGAAUGAAUUCUGGAAAAGAGGGAAUAAAACAGAUCUUUGUUAGUCGUAUAUGGUUGUGCUUUUUGCUCUGAACUGCUAGUAUAAUUUCAUAUGGAAGUUCUCACUGCUUGUAUUUGUCUAGAAACAUGUAACUUAAAAUCACAUUCUUUAAAAGAGAAGGAAUUUUCCAACAGUUGAAACAUCAGUGGUCUCUAUGUAAAUCCCUACUUGUUUUUCAGUCCCUUUGAACACUUAAUGUACUGUUUGGACCAGCUAAC